CUGACGGGUGGUUCAUGUUUUGCCUUUUGUAUUUUACUUGUUGAUUUUAUUAUUAAAUUCAAUGAAAAUUAAGUGAAAAGUGAUAACACAACUGUAGGGAUAGUUAUGCUAUUGUUUUGUGAGUGCUAGCACAUCGGUGGAAACCUCGCUUCUCAUCUCCGGGUUUCGAUUCAUCAGAGUAAUCGACUUGGAGGAUGGAGGACGAGAUCACGUUCCUCUUCCAGCUGGGCGUGAUGCGCGACGCGGUGUCGGCGCCCGCCCACCGCCUCACGCUCGCGCACCUCAAGGAGCUGGCGGUGAAGUUUGUGCACGAGAAGAUCCCAGACAACGGUCUCAACCGUCUAUCAGACCGCAUCCUGCUGUUCCGGCACGACUACUGCUCGCCGAACGUGCUGCAGCUGAUCAACUCGUGCACAGACGUCACCGAUGAGACGCUCGUCGAGAUCGUGCUCACUGCCAACCCGUUGCUAUGCGACGGUGGCAAGGAACCUCCGAAGGCGCGGCCGCACGCGCUCGCAAUGCACUCGUACAAGACGCCCACCUUCUGCGACUUUUGUGGAGAGAUGUUGUUCGGAUUAGUCCGCCAGGGGCUCAAGUGUGAAGGCUGCGGGCUCAACUACCACAAGCGGUGUGCCGUCAAAUUACCCCCAAACUGCGAGUCGCCCGUGGCGGGCGCGGGCUCGCGGCGCCAGUCGGGCGCGCCGCGCAGUCCGUCGCGCACGUCCGCGCACAGCCACGCCUCGCACGACGACUCGCUGGUAAGGAGCAGCGGUCGCCGUGGCGUGCGUGCGCGCGCGCACACGUGGCGCGUGCACACGUACACGCGCCCCACCGUGUGCCGCGUGUGCAAGAAGCUGCUGCGCGGGCUGUUCACGCAGGGCCUACAGUGCCGCGACUGCCUGUACAACGCGCACCGCAAGUGCGCGCCGCUGCUGCCCGACCGCUGCGGCGACGAGCUGGGGGAUCUGCAUGAUGAGUCGCAAGACAGCUGCAGCACGAGCAGCGAGCUGUCGGACGGGACGCGCGCGCAGGACGACGAGUCAGACGACGGGGAACAGGAUAAUAAGGAGAAUGAGCCGGUGCAGCUGCGGCGGGACACCGCGCCGCAGGAGGAGCCGCAGAGAGACACCGCGCCCAGCAGACCCAGCAGUUCAUCAUCAUCACCGAGCGCCAACAUCCCGCUGAUGCGUAUCGUGCAGUCGGUGAAGCACACGAAGAAGCGCGAGGGCCAGUGGCUCAAGCAGGGCUGGCUGGUGCACUUCACCAACAAGGACACCACUCUCCGCCGUCACUACUGGCGCAUGGACAGCAAGAGCAUCACGAUGUUCACGUCGGAACAGGGCACCAAGUACUACAAGGAGGUGCCUCUCAACGAGAUCCUCGCGAUCGACACCGCGAGGCAGCCGCACUCGGACGUGAUGCACUGCUUCGAGCUGCGCACGGCGAACGUGGACUACCUGGUCGGUGCUGAGGAGGGGGGCUGCGCGCCGCCCGACUCGGGGCUCGGCGCCUACCUCGCGCGCUCCUGGGAGACCGCCAUCCGCCACGCGCUGCUGCCGCUCAACCUCGGGCUGCGCGGCAAGGAGGAGGGCGCUGGCGCGGCGGGCGGCGGGCGCGCGGAGAUGGCGCAGCUGUACCAGAUCCACCCCGACGAGGUGCUCGGCUCGGGGCAGUUCGGCAUCGUGUACGCCGGCCUGCACCGCGACACCGCACGACCUGUUGCCAUCAAGGUGAUCGACAAGCUGCGCUUCCCGACGAAGCAGGAGGCUCAGCUGAAGAACGAAGUGGCGAUCCUGCAGAACCUGUCGCACCCGGGCGUGGUGAACCUGGAGCGCAUGUUCGAGACGCCCGAGCGCAUCUUCGUGGUGAUGGAGAGGCUGCGCGGCGACAUGCUCGAGAUGAUCCUCUCGCACGAGCGCGGCCGUCUGCCCGAGCGCAUCACCAAGUUCGUCGUGGCGCAGAUCCUGGUGGCGCUGAAGCACUUGCACGAGAAGAACAUAGUGCACUGCGACCUGAAGCCGGAGAACGUGCUGCUGUCGUCCGACGAGCAGUUCCCGCAGGUGAAACUGUGUGACUUCGGGUUCGCGCGCAUCAUCGGGGAGAAGAGCUUCCGCCGCUCCGUGGUCGGCACGCCCGCUUAUCUUGCACCGGAAGUUUUACGCAACAAGGGCUACAACCGUUCGCUCGACAUGUGGUCUGUGGGCGUCAUAGUGUACGUGUCCCUCUCGGGCACGUUCCCGUUCAACGAGGACGAGGACAUCCACGAGCAGAUACAGAACGCCGCCUUCAUGUACCCCCCCUCGCCCUGGAGCGAGAUCUCCGCUGAGGCGAUCGACCUGAUCAACAACCUGCUGCAAGUGAAGCAGCGCAAGCGUCUCUCGGUGGACAAGUGCGCGGCACACGCUUGGCUGCAGAGCAAGGAGGCCUUCAGCGACCUGCGCGCGCUCGAGCGGAGAGUGGGCCAGCGAUACCUCACGCACCCCAGUGACGAUGCGCGCUACGCCGAGCGCUGACCGGAGUUGCUAAGUGCGGAGGGGCGGG